GGAUUGAUUGAAUAUAUCUGCUUCGAAGUAACAGCUUGAUUUGAGACUUGGACGAUGACAGGAAUAGUAAAUGUAUUAACAAUUGUCCUCCUAGGGAUCACAAACACACUGGAUGCAUACCCUGUGUCAGGGUCCUGGUUUAAAGACAGAUUUACGAUCUCAGAAUGGAACGAUACAUUAGACGCAUUUAAAUCGAUAGGUGGCGACACCGUAAUAUUAAGAGCACCCGAGAUUAAGAUCCGUAGCAAAAAUGAUAUAGUAAAUGACCCCUUGUAUAAACAAUGCUUUAUACCAUGGCUGGGAAAAUCGACGGAUUGUGUCACAGCGACAUCUAUUGCCCUUGAAAAACAGGGGUUAAAUAUAACAAAAUGGGCGACUUACGACUAUGAAGAAAAUUAUAGUUCAAAAAUACUAAAAUGUAAGGACUUUGAUAUCCAAAUAUCAGCCGUAUCUGGCAAUGUGUACCAUCGUAUUGUCUUAGCUGAAGAUAACGACAGACAGUCAUGUGAUUUCAAAAACGGAUCUAAAGUGGUAGUCCUCUUCACAAGCUUCUGUGGUGUCGAUCCGCAUCAAUUGCUCAUCAGUAGUGCCAGCAGCCGAAAGAUGUCCGUCUUCUUCGGUCUUCCCGGACUCCCCAUCGACGGUGUCAGUGAUUCAGCCACCAAUACUUACGUUGAGUGGGUGGAGAGAGUAUUAGUUGACCAUGCAUUAAGAUACGAUCCGAAAAGAAUAUUGAAUUACCAUGAUUUCCGAAAAGUUAACAUACAGCGCAGAAGGAAACGUAUGUUCAGCAAUGGUGUUACCAACUUUGAUCAAGGGUUUCCAAUGGAUAGUUUUAAUGCUCUAAAAGGUUAUUUUUGCUCAGUAGAAGAACCUCUCUGGACUAUCAAGACAAAAAAUCGGAAAACUGAUCAUCUGAUAUCACCUUUAGAAAUUUAUAAAACUUUAGGAGAACUUGUAAAGAAAAAUAACAAAGCGUUCAUGGUGUCGCCGAAAGUUGGCCUAAACACUUAUAUGCCCCAUGCGUCUAUUGAAGACCAUAUUGAUGGCUUUAAAUCACUGACAGAGUUGGGCGUGGUCGAUUUUGUAGCAAUUCACCAAGGUAGAGCAACAGCGGAUGCCGCCUACUUUUGGCCAAAUGAAAAAAAGAAUAUUAUUAAAGAUAGCGACCCGAAACUGUUUGAAAUUCUUCGGAGCAAGAUUAGUGACCUUCCAGAAAGUACAACGUUUGACCAAGUCUAUCCCGAUGGCAGUGUUCAAAUGCUUUUUGAAGCGCUUCAAACAGCAAGAGAUUCAGUGCUGAACACCAGUAACACAAUGACAUUCGAUCUAUGGUUGAAUAUCGACGCUUAUGAAGACAUUGCAGACAACAAUUCGUGCCUUCCCGUUGAUUCACAUGGUUCAGGCAUGGAGAGGAAAGUCCAGCGUACUGACAAGUCACGUAUCGACUGGGCAAUAACAGCGGCGGGCUCAAGGGUACAGAAGAUCGUCUCAUUCGCCUGGGAUCCUCUGUUCACCUGCGAACCAGAUCCUAAAAAAGAAAGCCUAGGGGCACAGAUAAGCGAUCAACUGGAGACGUGUAUUAUCUCCGAGUGUCGCUUUCAUACCCCGCAUAAUUUGAGUGUCGUUGUCAUUGGCUAUGCCCAGGUUGGAGGGAUGCCACCAGCAUCAUACAAUGUAACGUGGCCGGAUCGAUCCGGAAAGUACCAUUCUUCGAGUAUCUACGGCUACUAUUAUGAGAUGGAUUACGGCAUAGCCCACAACCUUACCCCGGACCUACAAUACUGCAUGCUUUGGGAUUUCCUCCCUUUGAAUCAAUUUGCAAACCACGGGUUUGUUUAUGUGUCUGGGUGUGGCCAUCCGUGUGUGUUUGAGUACGACAUGCCGGACUAUGUUUAUAGAGAAAAACUAGGAUCAAAUUAUAACAUUGAACUUUAAGCCCUGUAUUUGAUCCAGAAAACUCAAUCGUAUGGUUCAAGAAGUUGUUUUGGAGUCAACACAACUAUUGAGUUAGCAUGAUCAAAUAAAAUGUACAGAUGGGCCAACCCUCUCUCACAAGAAGGGAUUAACUCAGUGAAUUGAAAAUCAUCUAAAUGAAAGUCAACUCUGCUUCCUAGCAUUGCUUCCAAAACUAUACACCACUGGCGAGUAAUUUCACGCGCAUUUUUAUCGACAGGGAAUUGAAAAUGUAGUGUUCAGGGAAUUCAUUUUUCUCAUUUACGAGCCCACCACAUUUAUGAAAUGUGUGGUGAUUGA